AUGGAUUCAAUUAUCGCUAGAUAUAUGCGACAACGGAGAGAGUUUGCAUACCCCCAACCGUCAUCAUACACCGAACGGUACCUUGAUGAUAGUCAUGGAGAUUACACAAUCAUGUAUCAGGAAGUGUUGCAGGAGGCGCACGAUUUGCACCAACCAGAACCAACGGUUGUUUUGACUAGAAGAAGCAUAAACAGAUGCCGUGUAGAAGCGGAUGCUAGGAUGAUGCAGGACUACUUCAACCCGGGUUGCAGAUUUGGACCUAAGCGUUUUAAGGCCCGCCACGGUUUGCCCAGAGAACUAUUUCUUAGAUUAUUACCAGAAAUGUGCGCCCAAGAUGAGGACUUUCGGCAACGGAGGGAUGCUUGUAACAUUCCGGGUCACUCCCCUCAUAUGAAAAUGCUCGCUGUCAUGAAACACUUAGCGAAGGGGGUGGCGGCUGAUAGCCUUGACGAUUACACUGGAAUGUCUGCGUCUACAAUAUACAUGUACGUAAAAAAGUUUAUGGAUGCAUUACUUUGGCUUUUUAACGAUCGUUACAUGAGGCGCGCAACAACCGAAGAUACAAAGAGGCUAUUAGCUGAGAAUGAGGCUCGUGGAUUUCCUGGAAUGCUUGGAUGCCUCGAUUGUACCCAUUGGGAGUGGAGGUGUUGUCCUACUGACGAAGAAGGCCGACACGUUGGACAGUAUAAGAAACCAAAUCUUGUUUUACAGGCUGUUGCAUCAUACGACAGAUGGUUCUGGCACUGUUACUUUGGUGCGCCCGGUGCUAACAAUGACUUAAAUGCUUUGGACCAGUCGGGUUUGUUUGAUAGAGAGAAGAACGCGUUGGAUCCUCCUUGUGAAUUUCGCAUCAACGGUCACGUGUACAGACAUGGAUACUAUUUGGUUGACGGAAUCUAUAAUGAAAUUCCUGGGGUUGUUCAUGGUUAUAAGAGACGUCAGACUAUGCCGGCAAUCCAUAAGAAAUUUAAUGAAUACCACUCUACGAAGCGGAAGGAUGUGGAGCCUGCUUUUGGGGGUAUAAAAUCCAAAUGGGGUAUAAUUAGGAAUCCUUGUCGUUACUGGUUUCUUCGUGACUUAAACACAAUUAUGAGAGCUUGUACAAUAAUUCAUAACAUGUGUGUGGAGUAUGAAUAUCGUGAUAGGUUAUGGGCGAGGUAUGAUGGAAAAGAAGAAACACCUCUGGUACAAGGUAACGUGACUGAAGCGCGUGCUUGUUAUAGAAGCCAUGCCCGCUGGAGACACUUGCAAGCAGAUAUAACGGAGCACAUCUGGCAGCGUCACAUUCAAGGAUUGCGAGACGGAGAAGUCGGCCACGUGGAGGUGCAUGAUGCCCUCCCAAUUUCAGAUCAUGGUACCACUGAUGUGGAUGAGGACGCUGAUAUUUAUCCAAGUGAUGAUGAUAACUUUUAUCAGAACGGAGAGUAG